AAAACUUCGUUCUCGACAAUGGCUGACGAUCAACUCUAACUUGUAAAGAAAAAUCGACGACACUCUAUUACAAAUUUAUAGACCAGCAUAGUCUAUCUACAUCUCGCAGAGAAUUUAUAGUGAUUUGCAUCGCACCGUAAGGUCAUGAAAUGAAAGCCUGUUAUUAUUCGUAAUCAUAACACGAAAGAUUUCAGUAAGCACCGUAUUUCAACAAGCGUUUCCGUCUUCUGGACACCAGUUGGAGUGUAGCCAUGACUUUAUGGAGCGCAUUUCCCAGCAUAUUUCUCUUACAGUUGUGUCUUGUCUGUACAGAUGCCAGGCACAUAUCACUACACAGUAAAAGAAAAGCAAGAUCCCAAAGUGGACAAGUCCAGAACACUACUGCUCCUCUAUUCCCACAAGAGCCCAGCACUGAAUGGCCGAGUGCUCAAACCAGCAAAAGACGCCUGAUUCCCCUGUCUUUUGCAAAUCGUGCGUAUCAAAAUACUUUCAAUCAGCCGCUGUUUUACAGCAGACAAAAUAACUGGCUUGCAAAGCGAUACAACAAUUUAUGGGGGAGAUACCCUAUAGGCAGUAUCAGUACAUAUCAUCCACCGUUAUUACCUCAAGGUUACAACAUGGCUCAAAAUCCAGGAUCGAGAAAUCGGUUAGCAAAAGCAACGAAACUUCGGAAUAACGCUGAUGAAGACACGAAAUUUGUAGAGGGAAGAAUUCAAGAAUAUUACGACCAGAGAAUUAACAGGAACAGGAACAAAUGGAUGUUUAAGCCAAUCGGAGGUACCACCCUGCACCUGAAAGAAAUCUUCUUGGGAAGGUGCUGGGAUUUUAUUGAAAAUAGGGGAAAAGAUCUUGAAAACCCGUCCAAAGUGGAUUGUAACGAGUUAUGGGAAACGUUUUCGAAGAGUUUUGCCUUUAAAGGGCCCUGUGAUGUUACUUCCAAGGAUUAUGCACUCUUCUUCGACUUAUAUGACGAGAAACCUCUGAACGACAAAGUCAUGUUUUGGUCGGGAACCAGAGAACUAACACAUGCGUACACCAGACUGUACGACAGAUUUACAACCUUAGAGGAUACAUUAGCAGGAUACUUGCUGAACGGCUUGAGAUGGUGUGGCAGCAAAGAGGAUCCUGGGAUCGACUACAAAGAGUGUCCAUACGAAUGUAGCAAGCAGAAAGCAUUCUGGGGUCUGGCCGCCGCAAAGCUGGCGAGACGAGCAAGAGGCAUUGUCCACGUCAUGUUAAAUGGUACAAGACAGCACCUCGUGGACAGGCAGAUAUUUCCUUCAUUCAUGGACGACAGUUAUUUAGCAGAGAAUCAGCUGUCAAGUCUUCCAGUACGGGAUGUCAAAGAGUUUAGAAUUCUUGUGGGCCAUACUCUUCAUCACAAAUCUCUGGAAAGGUGCGAUAGCUUGACUAUUUUAGAGUUGCAGAAUCGAGCCAAGGCAAGGGGACUGAAGACAACAUGUUUUGAUAAUCCAUACUUUAUUCGACAUCUUCUGUGCUUAGACAACCCAGGGGAUCCUUUGUGUCUUUUCAAGGUUUAUGACCAAGAUGUGUUGCCGGAGAAAUAAAUUUUUAAGUCGGGAAGUUCGUUGGUGUCUUAUUGUCUUUAACGCACGCCUCAUUGACUCGCAUUUCUACUCGCCUCUACGGGGCUGGAAAAAAUAGCGUGCGACUCGUAAAAUAUCCGCACGUGUUAUGUGUUUAACCAUCAAAUAAAGUACAUGUAUUUAAAAUGUCAUCAUAGACUAGAGGUUUUGUGUUGUGCAAGCAGAAGCCCUACACUUUCCCGUAUUGAUGAUAACAAAUUUAUCGCACGACUUGCAUAUGCAUUCUUGAAAGGUGGAGUGUGGCGUAAAUAAAGUAUUUUAUCUCACAUAUGAAGAGGUUUCA